UCUUAAAUUUCCCCUUCUCAGCCACAGCCUAUGAAUAAAGAAGAGAAACGAGUUACAAGUGCUUCGAUUCGAAUCCCAAAUUUGUUGAAUACCAUUUGUCAUAUAUGAUCGCAUGAAUGAAUUGAGUUAAGCUCGGACUCAAUUUCCUCUGCUUUUAAACAUCAGCUAUUCCUCUCUCCCACUCCCCUCAGCCAUCAGCUACGUUUCUCAGACUCACACCCAUGAACACCAUCAUCACUAUUUUCCUGUUUCUUAUCCCCAUCUUCCUUCUCCUAACCAGGAGAAAACGAUCAUCAGGAAGGCUUCCUCCUGGGUCCCUAGGACUUCCAAUAGUAGGUCAAAGCCUUGAACUUCUCUGGGCCAUGCAAGCCAACACUGCAGAGCAAUGGCUUCAGAAAAGGAUAAGAAAGUAUGGUCCUAUAUCGAAGAUUAACCUAUUUGGCAAACCAUCUGUUUUCAUUUAUGGUCAGGCUGCAAACAAGUUUGUAUUCACCAGUGACAGCAGCACCAUUGUUAACCAGCAAGUAAAGUCAAUUAGCUCAAUUCUGGGUGAUCGGUGUCUUCUGGAACUGAUUGGUAAAGAUCAUAAGCGAGUCAGAGAUGCUCUUGUGUCAUUUUUGAAGCCUGAAUCAUUGAAGGAGUAUGUUGGAAAGAUGGAUGAAGAAGUCAAGAAGCACCUUGAGAUGCAUUGGCAUGGCAAGCAACAAGUCAAGGUGUUACCACUGAUGAAAACCCUCACAUUCGACAUCAUCUGCUCUCUUCUAUUUGGACUUGGACGAGGCACCAGAAGAGACAAACUUUUCAUUGAUUUUCAACACAUGAUAGACGGAAUGUGGUCGGUACCAGUUAAUCUGCCUUUCACACGCUACAACCGCAGCCUUCAGGCAAGUGCAAGGGCCCAGAAAUUGUUGAAAGGUCUCAUUGGUGAGAAGAGAGUGGAUUUACAGAAGGGUGCUUCUCCUCGCCAAGACCUCAUCACUUGUCUGCUUAGCAUUCGCAAUGAGAAGAAUGAACAAGUAAUAUCUGAGAAGGAGAUUAUUCACAAUGUUAAGCUCAUCAUGGUUGCUGGACAUGACACUUCUUCUGUUCUCCUUACUUUCUUGGUGCGCCUUUUAGCUAAUGAUCCUGCCAUUUAUGCAGCUGUUCUUCAAGAACAAGAAGAGAUAGCAAAGAACAAGCCUAAUGGGGAGCUUCUGACAUGGGAAGACCUGGCCAAGAUGAAAUACACAUGGAGAGUUGCAAUGGAAACUCUGAGGCUGUUCCCACCAGUCUUUGGUGGCUUCAGGAAAGCUGUAAAAGAUAUCGAGUAUGGGGGAUAUCUCAUUCCAAAGGACUGGCAAAUUUUCUGGGUUACGGGCAUGACACAAAUGGAUAACAGCAUAUUUCCAGAACCAUCAAAAUUUGAUCCGACUAGAUUUGAGAAUCCAGAAUCAAUUCCACCUUACUGCUUCAUUCCAUUCGGAGGGGGACCUCGGAUAUGUCCAGGAUAUGAGUUUGCAAGGAUUGAAACCCUUGUUUCAAUUCAUUAUUUGGUUACUCGGUUCACUUGGAAGUUACUAUCAGACAACUUUUUCAGCAGGGAUCCAACGCCUGUUCCAACUAAAGGACUACCAGUUCAAAUCAGUCCGAGAAAACUAUUGUGAUGGUUCACUGAAACUAUGAUUUUUUGCACUUCAAAGAAACUUGCAAGUUUUCUGUCGCUGAUCAAAUGAUGUGAAUUUUAAUUUAGUAGAAAGGUUAGUGUGCCUGAAAAAUAAUUCAAAAAAUCUUGAAUUUUAGCUCAAUUGAU